AUGAACGGGGACAAUUAUUCCGCCAGAGGUAUUCAAUCUUUGUUCAUGAUUCAGAAGCUCACAUUUACUGACCCAAGGCAGACUCCGGUCGCUCUCGCCAUCAUGAUGGUGCUAGGUACGAACGAGAAGAUCGCAGAGACCGUGGAGACCGUGGAGACCGUGGAGGCGACCGAGACAGAAACCGCGACCGUGGUGAAAGAAGACGUUCCAGAUCUCCCCACCACCGCUCCUCCAGGCGAGAAAGAUCGAUACGGUUCGCGGAGAGAGGAGCGUGAAUGGGACAGAGAGCGAAACCCAAGGCGUCGCGAUGAUGAAAGACCACCACGCAGAGAUCGUGAUCUGUUCGAUGAUCGACGAGGCGGCGCAGGUGGAAGGGGUGGAGGUGGUAGAGAUCGAGAGCGUGGUGGAGGUGGGCGAGAAGACGAUGAAUUCGCUGCGCAAGCCCGGGGUCGCAAGAACAGCCCUCCUCCCAAGAAGCGAGAACCCACCCCAGAUCUAACCGAUACUGUCUCGAUAUUGGACCGCAAGAGGAGGCUUACUCAGUGGGACAUCAAACCGCCUGGCUAUGAGAAUGUCACCGCCGAACAAGCCAAAAUGUCUGGCAUGUUUCCUCUGCCUGGUGCUCCACGCCAGCAGCAGAUGGACCCCAGUCGCCUGCAGGCUUUCAUGAAUCAACCUCAAAGUGGUGUCAGUGCCACGGCUCUCAAACCUUCCAACUCUCGCCAAUCCAAACGACUUUUUGUUUCCUCCCUCCCUGCCUCAGUCACUGAAGAGAGCUUGCAGAACUUCUUCAAUCUACAAAUGAAUGGUCUUAAUGUUACCAAGGUCACUGACCCGUGCAUCCAAGCCAAUAUUUCCGAUGACCGCACUUUCGCCCUGGUGGAAUUUAAACAGCCUGUCGAUGCAACCGUGGCCUUGGCUUUGGACGGCAUCACUAUGGAAGAGCAUCAGAGUGAGAUGAAUGGCAAUGGCCACGGAGGAGUCAAAGGCUUGAGCAUUCGUCGUCCGAAGGACUACAUCGUCCCGUCCGCCGAUGAGGAUGCUUACACUCAAGGAGAGAUUUCGACUGAAGUGCCUGACACUGCGAAUAAGAUCUCAAUCACGAAUUUGCCUCUAUAUCUGACGGACGACCAAGUUAUCGAGCUUCUGAAAUCUUUUGGAGAGCUGAAGGCAUUCGUUCUGGUCCGGGACAAUGAUGCUCAAGAAUCAAGGGGAAUUGCAUUCUGUGAAUAUACCGAACCUUCAACCACAGAAAUAGCUGUGGAAGGACUGAACGGCAUGGACUUGGGAGAACACAAGAUCAAGGUACAGCGAGCUAGUAUCGGAUUCACUCAAGCUUCAGGACUCGAGAUGGGCGUGAACGCAAUGUCCAUGUUUGCAGGAACGACAUCGGACAACUUUGAGGAUGGCCGAGUCCUACAAUUACUCAAUAUGGUGACAGCUGAAGAACUCAUUGACAAUGAGGAUUAUGAAGAAAUUGUCGAAGAUGUGAUGGAAGAAUGUCAGAAAUAUGGCACAAUCGUUGAAUUGAAAAUACCUCGUCCUUCAGGAGGCAGUCGACAAUCUGCAGGAGUGGGCAAGAUAUUCAUCAAGUACGAUACUGCUGAAUCAGCGAAGAAGGCUCUACAAGCACUUGCUGGCAGAAAGUUUGCUGAUCGAACCGUCGUUACGACGUAUUUUGAUGAAGCGAGCUUUGACGUCAGUGCCUGGUAA